AUGUCACACACUGAUCCUCCCCCUCGAUGGCGGAAUAGUCCUAGAAGAGGACAACCUGUAGCAGGUGAGUGGCGAAAGAUUGUUGUGUUGUUAGCUAGCUAACGAUAAUGUAUCUAGCUACAACGCUGGCUAGCACUGUUGUGUCGCACUGUCUAACAUUUUUUUGCAAAACUCAAUGAUUCAGCCCGUUUGAGGCCUUUGGUUUGAUAAACUAUGUAUUCAGUGGACGAUAACCACAAUUCACUUUAGACUAGAGGCAAAAUCCCUAUGCAAACACUCACUGUUAGUCAGCUAUGCUGUUAUCCUGCCUUAAAGCGGUCGAGUACAGAUCACGUGUCAAAACAAACCAGCAAUAAUAUGGUAGCAAUAUAUAGGAACACGUUUUCAUUUAAAAAUGACGUGUUAAACAAGACUAACUGACUAAAAAUAAAGCGAAAGCAAAUACUAAUGUUCAGUGUUUCUAUAGCUACCUCAGCUAAAUAGGGUGUGUGUUUUUGUAGUUAGGAUUAGCUAACCAGAUUACAUGAAACGUCACUUGCCAUCCGUUUAGAUUAACGUUAGUGAAAAGGAAACAUGCUUACAUAUUCCAAGUGCGAUCCUUAUACGUGUUAUCUUAUGUAGCUAAAUUAGCUAAUAACCAUGUCAUAACGUAUGGAAAACAUAGGACAGUGAGUGGUACUGUUUUCAUGGUGUCUGCAUGUCUUGUGGUGACCUGUCUGUGACCACUCUACCUUUUCACUGUCUCACCAGGUAAAUUCCUGCCAAUGAAAACUGUUGGGCCCCAAGUAUGAUGACGAAGUGGCAGAAGAGAACAGGUUUCAUCCAAGCAUGCUAUCCCAGUAUUUAAAGAGUGUCAAGGUAUGUCUUCCAUGAUGUUAAAAUGUGUUUACUAGUCUUUUGUUUCUCUUUGGGAAAGAUCAAUCAGAGCUCAAUUCACCACUAGUCUGUCAACAUAUGUUUUGUGUAUUUUCUACGUUAAAAUGGGUUUGCUUAUUGAUCUAACAAACAUUAUCCGCUUCUAUGACCGCAACCAGAUCGAGAAAUAGGGCGUUAAAUAUGUGAAGCUUCAGUGCAAAGGGUACGUAUGAGUGACCUGUUUUUAAAACUCAAGAUUAAUUCUCCAUGUUUACACAUACAAAUGCCACUAGUUGAAAAUAAUAUAAUUUGUUGAUUGAUCUGAUGUGGUGUUCCUUCCUUGUUUAGCCACAGAGCAAUUGAUAGGUAAGGAAUGCAAUGCGUGCAAGUUUUUUUUUUUUACUGGAGCUGUAUAUUUCCUUAUCUUUGUUCAUGUGUCUGGCGUGUUGUUCAUACAGAAACACAUGUUGUGAAUACAUUGUUUUUGUUUUGUUUUGAUAGCAGUCAAGAGGUAAAAUACAGUCACAUUUGAACUUGGUGCUACAUUAUCCCAAAGUAUAGAGGAUGUUGUAUUGUAACAUAUUUGCCUGACAACUCAGUGGGCGUGGUGUUUGGCCAGAGCCAUGUGGAUGUGUAGCCAGGGGUGUAUUCAUUAUGUCUUGCAAUGGAAACGUUUACAGUUUAAGAACUAAACAGAAGCAAACAUAGCCAACGGAAGAAAUCAGGGAGGGACCUCGUGUUCGUUGAAAAACCUUUUCUGUUUGGAGUAAACGAUUUCUGUUACAAAACGUUUUGCAACAGAAUCAGUGUAAUGAAUACACCCUAGGCAAGUAGCAUAACAGCAAAAUUGAUUUUCAAGGUAUGAGUAUGUACAAGUUUGUCCACUAGGGAGAGCCAGAAUAUAACAACCAAACAGUUCUAAUCUUUUUAGUACCAACCAGACACCCUCCCUUCCUAAUAUUCUAUCAGCUAUUUGUGAUAAGAUGCAUUUUGUUUGUAAAAACUAUAAAAUGGGUUUGCUAAAUAUUAAGUCAAAGUAAUUGCAUCUUCCCACAGGCGUUCUUGUAGAAUUAUAACCAAGUGUGUUGGUUGGUGGUCUGCUCUGCACAUAGAGGUGGUGAAACACAUUCAUAUCUGACUGAAAUUGGUACUGAUCAUAUGCCAGGAUAUUAAUAAACAAAUUGGAUGGAAACCUGAAAUGUGUAGCGGCUUUUGCAGGGGCCAUGUUUAGUAUAGCUCACCAUAUCUGUGUAUGCAAUCACUUUGUUGUAGCUCAGUGUGUGACCUGUCUGAGUAUACCUCACAAGCCCACGGUUUGGAAAGGACCAACUGGACCCCUGCUGCUUAGAGGCUUGAAGGCAGAUAAACCAAUUUCAAAACCUUGCAGUCAUGAAUGAUAAAUGCACAACCACCCCUGCUUUUUUGUAUGUCCUUGAGCAUCUAACGGGAAAUGAAUAUUUCUCAGGCUGGAAUAUAUGAAUGUCGUUAUAAAGAUGUCCUCCUGUUGGCCACCCGUUGAUCUUUAUCUGUUGUCUCUCUGGUAUUAAUGCAGCUGUUGAAAUUAGACAGUGGGGGCUCGUGAAUGUAACCCUUUAACGACCCCCCAUCAUCAUUACUGGAGAUUUCAUCUCCAUUUAUGCUACCAGACAGACAUCUUGUCCUGUCUGACGGACAGGGUGUUACAGCAGUCAAGCUGAGGUCAAUCAGUGGAAACAUGUACCCAAUGGAGAUUGCCAUGCAUUGACUAUUCAGACUAUCAGAGAAGGAGAGAAAAAUAUUCUUAUCCUGAUUACUGGGAUAAGUCCAGAUUGACUUUCUAUGACCGUAUUUUCAGAGAUUUCAUCAGAGAUCUCCUAGUGGCUGGUCAAACCAGUGAGUUCCCAUUUUAUACCACUCUCUAAUUAUUCCCUUUUAAAGUUGAAUAGAAAUGGCUGACCAACUGACCAACUGCAUCAUGGCCGAGGGAGAUGCUUCACAGACUGACGAAGCAUGGCGUCUAAAAUCAAACCAUUUCCCCCCCCAAACCACACAUGAAUGCUGAUAAAGGCUCUGCCAUGAACAUUUUAAAGUGGAGUGAAGAUUUAGUUUGUCCCUAUGAUCCUUCCCUGCCUUGAAGAUCAAAGCAAACAUGGACCGAUUCCCUCUGUUCCCUUUCCUCUCCCGUCCCCUAGCGUUAGAUUGCGUCUGCCGUCCGUAUUCAUAAAGUGACUCGGUGUAGGAGUGCUGCUCUAGGAUCAGGUUCUCCAUGUCCAUUCAUUAUAAUCUAAAAAGCAAAACUGUUCCUAAAUCACUCCUACUCUGAGAUGCUUUAAGAAUACAGGCCCUGGAGUAUGUAGCUAACCUCCAGUUGGCUGAUGAACUGGUUUUAAACAUGAGGCUCCCACUUAGAGAAGCACCAGCAGAUCGUUAAACCAGGUGUACACUACACUAAUUUUGGGUCCGAUUUAGCUGUCCCAGACAUGUUUUUGAGAUGGGAGGCAAAAUCCCCAUGUCGUUGCCUACUCUGGGCGUGCAUCUGUCAACGACGCUCGUUUAAUGUUACGCCUCGAUCACACCGACUGCGUCAUUGCGCAAAAUGGUACGCAGCAUCAUCUGGAUAUGUGUGCAAAUUAAGUUCAACCUUCUGCUACCAUUUCUGUCAAGCCGUCUACGCAUACAGUUUGAUGCAUACGUUCGAUAAAUCCAACGUAUACACCACACAGAACGCACCUCAACUGCCUCUGCAACGCAAUGCUGAACGGCAAACGCAGCGUUCCAUUGAAAAUGAAUGUACUUCUGGUGUACCAAAAUGCAAUGACGCUGUCGGUGUGAUCGAGGCGUUAGCGUGUCAGAGACGCAAUCUGAGUGCUACCGAUCCUAUCUUUGAGCAGGUCCAGACGUCCCGAUUAUUUUCAAACAUGUUUGAUUUUAUCGGCACAAUAUCUGCAAUACUCUUGUAGUGUGAGAUCUGCAACUACAAGUUGAGAACAGUGAUCAGCAAUAGCCAAUGAGAGCUCACCAAAGAAGCCAGUGAGACUACGUUGUUUUGCAUCACCCAGAAUGUGUAGACUCGUGCAUGAGCCAUGACUACUACUACUAUGCGUUUGUGUACUUGCCUUUAACCAAAGCGUCAAAUCGUUACAGCUCUGAAGUUCACAAGCAAUUUUAUUCAAUUCAAAAUGUUGGCUAGAUAUUUCAACUCUGUAUGGCAAGCAUGAAUGUCUGACUGAAAACAUUUGAGGCUGCUUUGAGCCACAGCUCGUUCUAGCUACAUUAACAAUCUAAUCACAUCAUUGUUUUUGCGAGACAGCGUGGUGGUAUCGAGAUUCCUCAUGAGCAAGUGAAGUAUCGUUUAGUGUGUGACCCCCCCCUGUCUGUGCCAGAUCGUUUAGUGUGCGCACCACUACCUUGGCAAGACAACAAACUACAGGAAAGAUGUUGUUUUAAUGUGAGAGGCUCAGCGAGGUUAGGAUUCUGAAAGUUGUGUAGUGAACACCCGGCAUAAGGGCUCUCUCAGGUGGAUUCAGUGGGCGUUAUGCGUAGCCAGGCCACCACCUCCUCUCUUCACAUAUAGGACUAUUGAUUUUGCAGGAGAGAGAUGGUUGGAAAGUGACAGGGUUAUUGGACUCAAGUCAAAUGUAUUUAUAAAGCCCUUUUUUACAUCAGCAGAUGUCACAAAGUGCUAUACAGAAACCCAGCCUAAAACCCCAAACAGCAAGCAAUGCAGAUGUAGAAGCACAAUUGCGAGUACACACACACACACACACAAUUGUAGUAGUAGGGACAGAUGGGCACGUUGCUUUAUUGACUUAUGCAGUGUCUGUCUCUCUUUGUUCUCCCACAGGUGUCCACUGCACGAACGGCUUCAAUUGGACAGGCUUUCUGAUCUGUGCAUACCUGGUGGAGAAGAUGGACUGGAGGUAAGGUCUAGCCAUUCCAAUCAAGCAACACCCCAGGGAACUGUGUUUGUUACACACUACUUCUGUGUGUGUGUGUGUGUGUGUGUACAUCCCACUGCCAAAUCACUUAAUGGAUUCCAACAUUGACCACACAACCAACACAAUUCCCAGAGUGGUUUGGCUUGUGUCACUCCUUUGUGUGUUCAGGAUGGACUUCUGUAGUCUGCUAAGGGGGUGGAGCCAUGUUGCAGUGGAAGCAGACUUAAGGCGUCAGCAUGCUUCAGUUCGGCUGGCGCCUAGCCGAACCGAACAAGUGUGCUCGCAUACUCCCAUAAAAUAUAUUCGCUUGCAUAACGAGAAAAAGAAACGGCAAUAGUACUGUUUGUCCAUCUUGAGACGCCGUAGCCAGUAUAAACUUCCUCACAAUAGUCAGAAUUAAUCUAAUCUAAGACAACUCAAUAAAUCUAUAAUUAAUUUUGACAUUUUUGCAGAGGAGGUCUUAGCCGUGCAAUUUUACAUCUAACGAAGAUGUUUGGUGCUGUGUUUUUCAAUGAAAUUAUUUGCAGGAAAACUAGUCAUCUCUCGUUGAAUGACUACAAAGACUUUAUUGAAGAGUCCCUACUAUUGACCAAUCACUGAUGAAGGGGUGUAGACUUCGAUUUAUGCACGAACUCUACCGAACUGUUUUGGCUGGGAAGCAUGCAGACUCCUUUAGCCUUGUGGUUGAUUGGGUUGGGUUCUAUCAGAGGCUUCUAUUUCAACUAUCUCUGCCUGCCCAAACCACGUGAUAAGCCCCAAUACAAAAUCAAUCACCUCAUUGACAACUCUGCAAUGUCAUCUUAGACCAGACUACUCCAGUAAAUAUACUGCUGGUAGACUACAUUACCAAAAGUAUGUGCUCGUCAAACAUCUCAUUCCAAAAUCAUAGUCAUUAAUAUGGAGUUGGACCCCCCUUUGCUGCUAUAACAGCCUCCACUCUUCUGGAAAGGCUUUCCACUAGAUGUUGGAACAUUGCUGCGGGGUCUUGCUUCCAUUCAGCCACGAGCAUUAGUGAGGUUAGGCACGGAUGUUGGGCGAUUAGGCCUGGCUCGCAGUUGGUGUUCCAAUUCAUCCCAAAGGUGUUCGAUGGGGUUGAGGUCAGGGCUCUGUGCACUCCAGUCAAGUUCUUCCACACCGAUCUCGACAAACCAUUUCUGUAUGGACCUCACUUUUUGCACAGGUGCAUUGUCAUGCUGAAACAGGAAAGGGCCUUCCCCAAACUGUUGUCAUAAAGUUGGAAGCACAGAAUCGUCUAGAAUGUCAUUGUAUGCUGUAGCGUUAAGAUUUCCCUUCACUGGAACUAAGGGGCCUAGCCCGAACCAUGAAAAACAGCCCCAGACCAUCAUUCCUCCUCCACCAAACUUUACAGUUGGCACUGCAUUGGGGCAGGUAGUGUUCUCCUGGCAUCCGCCAAACCCAGAUUCGUCCGUCGGACUGCCAGAUGGUGAAGCGUGAUUCAUCACUCCAGAGAACGCGUUUCCACUGCUCCAGAGUCCAAUGGCGGCAAGUUUUACACCACUCCAGCCGACGCUUGGCAUUGCGCAUGGUGACCUUAGGCUUGUGUGCGGCUGCUCGGCUGCUCGGCCAUGGAAACCCAUUUCAGGAAGCUCCCGACGAACAGUUAUUGUGCUGACUUUGCUUCCAGAGGCAGUUUGGAACUCGGUAGUGAGUGUUGCAACCGAGGACAGACGAUUUUUACACGCUACGCGCUUCAGCACUCGACGGUCACGUUCUGUGAGCUUGUGUGGCCUACCACUUCGCUACUGAGCCGUUGUUGCUCCUCGACAUUUCCACUUCAUAGUAACAGCACUUACAGUUAACCGGGGCAGCUCUAGCAGGGCAGAAAUUUGAUGAACUGACUAGUUGGAAAGGUGGCAUCCUAUGAAGGUGCCAUGGUGAAAGUCACGGAGCUCUUCAGUAAGGCCAUUCUACUGCCAAUGUUUGUCUAUGGAGAUUGCAUGGCUGUGUGCUCGAUUUUAUACACCUUUUAGCAACGGAUGUGGCUGAAAUAGCCGAAUCCACUAGUUUGAAGGGGUGUCCACAUACCAUUUGUAUAUAUAGUGUAUAUCUUUGUUCCAUUUUGAAUGGAUUGGUAAUUGGUGAUAUGUUGGUUUGAGUAAGAAUAUAUAUAAUUUGGAGACUAUGCCCUUACUUACCCUUGCUGUCAUUAUUUUGUGAAUAGGAUGAGAUGCUAGAUCUGAACCUCAGGGUUCCAUAAGCACGUAGAGCAGAACAAAUCUGCAAAUAAAAUAAAAAUGAAGAACCAGGCAGAUUGUAUUGCGUUUUCAAGUCUUGGAACACACGUAAGCUACAACUGUCCACAAUGUCAGAGAGAGUAUGAUUUCCCUUCUCACGCCAAGCUGUAAAAUAUAUUGUCUGGCCACCCAAGAGAAGACUGUGAUUAUUAAACAAUGGCAUAUGGGGAUGAUGACUAAUGAUGUAUUUCCAAUGGUUCCCCAUUGAACGCCAUAUUGUAUUGUUUGCCUGAUGAUUGGGUCAAAGGUGAGUUUGGCUUUUUUGAUAGAGAUGUUGGAAUAUGCCAGAUAUUGGAGCCUGUACGGCUUUGCUAAAUUCUCUUCCAGGGGGCACCAGGCCACUGGGAUAUUGAGGUUCAACCACACACGUGGUGGUCUUAGCAUAAAGGCCCAAAAAUAUAAUUUAAGAUUGGGGAGGUUUUGGUCCUCCAGAACACUCCUGUCUCUUUUAAAGUGGACAGUUUGUUCCAUAUACAUUUGGAGAUAACGUAUGCAGUUUCUUCCAAUAUCCCAGUGGUGGUGAAACUGGAAUCAUAGAGCUGUAAAAGUUUAUCCGUGGAAGUAUGUUCAUCUUAACGAUCGAAAUGCAUGUCUGAAAAGAGUUAACAUUUUUGCAUUGAGACCAUCUUUGCAGGUCUGACUCUAUUUGUUUAUGAACACUAACAUUGGUAGUGGUGGUGAUCUGUAAGGUUGGAGAGUUGUCAAUACCUAGGUAUUUGAAAUGGCUUACUAUUACUCCUCAUUCAGCGGAAAUAUUGCAGAUUUUGACCAAUUUUUGUAACCUGAGAUUGAAUAUACACUGCUCCAAAAAAUAAAGGGAACACUUAAACAACACAAUGUAACUCCAAGUCAAUCACACUUCUGUGAAAUCAAACUGUCCACGUAGGAAGCAACACUGAUUGACAAUACAUUUCACCUGCUGUUGUGCAAAUGGAAUAGACAACAGGUGGAAAUUAUAGGCAAUUAGCAAGACACCCCCAAUAAAGAAGUGGUUCUGCAGGUGGUGACCACAGACCACUUCUCAGUUCCUAUGCUUCCUGGCUGAUGUUUUGGUCACUUUUGAAUGCUGGCGGUGCUUUCACUCUAGUGGUAGCAUGAGACGGAGUCUACAACCCACACAAGUGGCUCAGGUAGUGCAGCUCAUCCAGGAUGGCACAUCAAUGCGAGCUGUGGCAAGAAGGUUUGCUGUGUCUGUCAGCGUAGUGUCCAGAGCAUGGAGGCGCUACCAGGAGACAGGCCAGUACAUCAGGAGACGUGGAGGAGGCCGUAGGAGGGCAACAACCCAGCAGCAGGACCGCUACCUCUGCCUUUGUGCAAGGAAGAGCAGGAGGAGCACUGCCAGAGCCCUGCAAAAUGACCUCCAGCAGGCCACAAAUGUGCAUGUGUCUGCUCAAACAGUCAGAAACAGACUCCAUGAGGGUGGUAUGAGGGCCCAACGUCCACAGGUGGGGGUUGUGCUUACAGCCCAAUACCGUGCAGGACGUUUGGCAUUUGCCAGAGAACACCAAGAUUGGCAAAUUCGCCACUGGCGCCCUGUGCUCUUCACAGAUGAAAGCAGGUUCACACUGAGCACACGUGACAGACGUGACAGAGUCUGGAGACGCCGUGGAGAACGUUCUGCUGCAUGACCGGUUUGGCGGUGGGUCAGUCAUGGUGUGGGGUGGCAUUUCUUUGGGGGGCCGCACAGCCCUCCAUGUGCUCGCCAGAGGUAGCCUGACUGCCAUUAGGUACCGAGAUGAGAUCCUCAGACCCCUUGUGAGACCAUAUGCUGGUGCGGUUGGCCCUGGGUUCCUCCUAAUGCAAGACAAUGCUAGGCCUCAUGUGGCUGGAGUGUCAGCAGUUCCUGCAAGAGGAAGGCAUUGAUGCUAUGGACUGGCCCGCCCGUUCCCCAGACCUGAAUCCAAUUGAGCACAUCUGGGACAUCAUGUCUCGCUCCAUCCACCAAUGCCACGUUGCACCACAGACUGUCCAGGAGUUGGCGGAUGCUUUAGUCCAGGUCUGGGAGGAGAUCCCUCAGGAGACCAUCUGCCACCUCAUCAGGAGCAUGCCCAGGCGUUGUAGGGAGGUCAUACAGGCACGUGGAGGCCACACACACUACUGAGCCUCAUUUUGACUUGUUUUAAGGACAUUUAUAUCAAAGUUGGAUCAGCCUGUAGUGUGGUUUUCCACUUUAAUUUUGAGGGUGACUCCAAAUCCAGACCUCCAUGGGUUGAUACAUUUGAUUUCCAUUGAUAAUUUUUGUGUGAUUUUGUUGUCAGCACAUUCAACUAUGUAAAGAAAAAAGUAUUUAAUAAGAUUAUUUCAUUCAUUCAGAUCUAGGAUGUGUUGUUUAAGUGUUCCCUUUAUUUUUUUUGAGCAGUGUACGUUUUUAAAGAUGUUGAGAAGGACAGGUAGAGAAUGAAAAAUGUCUUCAACAUAUAAUACAAUAUCAUCUGCAUGAAGGGCUCUGUGUUGUAUAUGUGUGAGGUCACAAGGAGGGAUGCUGUCAGUAUCAAUGAAGUCACUCUUAGGGAAAGACAGAGCUUGAGGUGAAGAGCCCACCAGAGGUGCUGAAUCAUUUACUGCAGAGAGGAAGGGGAUGAAUGUGUGUUUUGGGCAGAGAGAGACUGGAUCUGGAAAAGGUUAGCAGAAUCUGUGAAUUCCCUUGGGCUUAGUGUUGGAGGUAUAGACAGGAUGAGGAUGGACCUCCUCCUCAUCCCCCCCAUUUCCUCUGGUUUAAUAAUCCCACAGCACUCACAGACAGAGAGUCUGAGAUGUGCAUCAGUUCUGGUUCUGGAUGACAAUAUCACAUGUGGUUAAUCUUUCCUUUCUCACACUGUCAGCCACAGAAUCAGUCAGCGGACAUACAAUAACUACUCAACUACUAAGCAGCGAUGUGAUCAGAAACAGUUGUUGAAUGAUUUUUGACAGGGUUAUCCAUUGGUCAAAGACGAUUGAUGAGCUGAGACGGUGUAGUCCACUUUGAUAGCUAAUUGACAUCUCCUGUCUCUAGAGAGGUCUACUUUUAGGCCAGAGGGCCUGACUGAUGUUUUGUUGUGAUCCUAUGUGUUUUUUUCUCUUGAUGUGGGUCAGUGCUGAGGGGGCGGUGGCAGCGUUCGCUCAGGCCCUUGCAACCUGGGAUCUACAAAGGCGACUACCUCAAGGAGCUCUUCCGUUAUGGAGACACGGAAGACGUGCCCGCCGCCCCCUCGCUGCCUGAGUGGUGCUUCGACGAUGACGACCAGGACGAUGAUGGCAACGUGAUUGGUCAGGAGUCGUCUCAGUCGGGCCCCUCCUCCUCUGGAUCGGCGCUGGGUAAACGGAGGAAGGAGAGAAUAAAAGUGGUGAGACUGACUGAGAAAGGACUGGGGAAAUAGGCUGUAGCCAAGGAGAGACGAUGUGUCCCAAAUGGCACCCUAUCCCCUUUAGUGCAGUACUUUUGACCAGAGCCCAAUGGAAAAUAGGUUGCCAUUUGGGAUAGGGCUGCACAAUUUAUCAAAUUCACAUAAAAAUUGCAAUAUUGACAUGUGCAAUAUCCAUAUCGCAGAAGCAUACAAUAUUUCGAACCGCCCGUCAGCCGCGUGUAAUAUGUUUUUAUAGUAUAAUCUGUUUGUCGUCUCUCGCUCCUCUUGUGACUGCUUCCCACACACAAAGCCCUGCCCCCUGUCACUCUAGCACCGCACUUCCUUCUCAUGGUUAGAUUCACUCUAAAGGCAUCAGCAUGCUUCAGUUCGGCUGGCGGCUAGCUGAAGUCGGCUAGGCGAACCGAACGAAUGUGCUCGCACACUACCUUAAAAGACCUUCACUUGAAAAACGAAAAGUGGCAAUAGUACUGUUUGUCCAUUUUGAGAUGCCAUAUUCAGUGUACACUUCCUCAAAAGAGUCAGAAUUAAUCUAAGAUAACUCAAGAAAUCUGUCAUUCAUUUUGACGUUUUUGCAGAGAUCGUAGUCGCUCAAUUUGGCAUCUAGCUAAGAUGUUUGGUGCAGUAUUUCUCAAACAAAUUUUUUUGCAUGAAAACGAGUCGUCUCGUUGAAUGACAACAAAGACUUUAUUGAAGAAUCCCUAUUGUUGACCAAUCACUGAUGAAGGGGCGUAAACUACGAACAAAAACGUCACAAAAUGUCAUAAUAUAUGCACAAACUCUUCUGAACUGUUUCAGCUGGGAAGCAUACGGACGCCUUAAGGUUGCCUGCUGUUCUGUUAGGUCAAAUGCUGUCAAUACAUUGUUCCAAACAACAAUACUACUUAGAGUGAGUGUGAGAGAGAGAAUGCAUUGGUUCUGCUCCAGUUCACACAGACUGACUGUGAGAGCCGUGUGGGACCCUCUGAAAUUCUCUCUCCAAAUGUGCAUAGUGUGCCUUUUGCUUUAAAUGUUGCGUUGUGUGACCACAGAGUGAAGGAAAAGCAGCCAACAAGUGCUCAGCAUAUGUGGGAACUCCCUCAAGACUGUUGGAAAAGCAUUCCAGGUGAAGCUGGUUGAGAGAAUGCCAAGAGUGUGCAAAGGGUGGCUAUUUGAAGAAUCUCAAAUAUAAAAUAUAAACACUUUUUUGGUUACUACAUAAUUCCAUAUGUGUUAUUUCAUAGUUUUGAUGUGUUCACUAUUAUUCUACAAUGUUGAAUGAGUAGGUGUUCUAAAGCUUUUGACUGGUAGUGUAUGCUGAGCACUUGUUGGCUGCUUUUCCUUCACUCUGCAGUCUGACUCAUCCCAAACCAUCUCAAUUUGGUUGAGGUUGGGGGAUUGUGGAAGCCAGGUCAUCUGAUGCAGCACUCCAUCACUCUCCUUCUUGGUAAAAUAACCCUUACACAGCCUGGAGGUGUCAUUGUCCUGUUGAAAAACAAAUGAUAGUCCCACUAAGCCCAAACCAGAUGGGAUGGCGUAUCGCUGCAGAAUGCUGUGGUAGCCAUGCUGGUUAAGUGUGCCUUGAAUACUAAAUAAAUCACAGACAGUGUCACCAGCAAAGCACCCCCACACCAUAACACCUCCUCCUCCAUGCUUUACGGUGGGAAAUACACAUGUGGAGAUCAUCCGUUCACCCACACGGCGUCUCACAAAGACACAGCGGUUGGAACCAAAAAUCUCCAAUUUGGACUCCAGACCAAAGGACACAUUUCCACCAGUCUAAUGUCCAUUGCUCAUGUUUCUUGGCCCAAGUAAGUCUCUUCUUCUUAUUGGUGUCCUUUAAUAGUGGUUUCUUUGCAGCAAUUCGACCAUGAAGGCCUGAUUCACACAGUCUCCUCGGAACAGUUGAUGUUGAGAUGUGUCUGUUACUUGAACUCUGUAAAGCAUUUAUUUGGGUUGCAAUUUCUGAGGCUUGUAACUCUAAUGAACUUAUCCUCUGCAGCAGAGGUAACUCUGGGUCUUCCAUUCCUGUGGCGGCCCUCAUGAGAGCCAGUUUCAUCAUAGCGCUUGAUGGUUUUUGCAACUGCACUUGAAGAAACUUGAAAAGUUCUUGAAAUGUUCCGUAUUGACUGACCAUCAUGUCUUAAAGUAAUGAUGGACUGUCGUUUCUCUUUGCUUAUUUGAGCUGUUCUUGCCAUAAUAUGGGAUAGGGAUAUAUUCUGUAUACCCCCCCUGCCCCCCCCCCACCUUGUCACAACACAACUGAUUGGCUCAAACGCAUUAAGAAGGAAAGAAAUUCCACAAAUUAACUUUUAAGAAGGCACAACUGUUAAUUGAAAUGCAUGCCAGGUGACUACCUCGUGAAGCUGGUUGUGAGAAUGCCAAGAGUGUGCAAAGCUGUCAUCAAGGCUAAGGGUGGCUAUUUGAAGAAUCUCAAAUAUAGAAUAUAUUUUGAUUUGUUUAACACUUUUGUUGGUUACUCCAUGAUUCCAUAUGUGUUAAUUCAUAGUUUAGAUGUCUUCACUAUUAUUCAACAAUGUAGAAAAUAGUAAAAAAAUAAAGAAAAACACUUGAAUGAGUAGGUGUUCUAAAACUUUUGACUGGUAGUGUAUGUAAAUGUGAUAUUUCACUUUGUUAUUUUUAAUACAUUUGCAAAAAUUUCUAACCAUAUUUUUGCUUUGUCAUUUAUAUUUUUUCUAUUUUUUUUUUUUAGUCAUUUAGCAGACGCUCUUAUCCAGAGCGACUUACAGUUUUAGUGAGUGCAUACAUUUUUCAUACUGGCCCCCCGUGGGAAUCGAACCCACAACCCUGGUGUUGCAGGCGCCAUGCGCUACCAACUGAGCUACAGUCCAGUCCAGUCCCAAUUAUGUUGUAUUGUGUGAAGAUUGAUGAGAAUGUUUUUUGAAAAUCCAUUUUAGAAUAAGGCUGUAACGUACCAAAAUGUGGAAAAAGUGAAGGGGUCUGAAUACGUUCCGAAUGCACUGUAUACCUUCUGGUAGCACUAUGUGUGUGUGACCCACUCUUACGCAGGUUGGCAUUUAUUGUCAUGAAUCUUGCCCUGGAGGCAGCUCUGCAGCGUGGUCACUAGCUGGCACAGCCACAAAAUCAUAAGACCUAAACUUAACCACACUGCUAACCCUAAUGCCUAACCCUAACCUUAAAUGAAGACCAAAAAGCAUUUUCUUAUUUUCAUGAAUUUCUUUACGAUAUAGCCAAUUUUAACUUUGCAGCUGGGCCAUCUAGCAGAAAUCGCUCAGUUCUGCCUCCAGGGCAAGAUUCAUGACAAUAAAUGUCAACCUGCCACUCUUAAUGAAUUUUUAUAUUUUAGAGCGUUGUACUGUUAAGAGACACCAGGGCAGACAUAUGGAGUAAUUGUGUUGUUUCAGCUCUAAAGCCGCAUAAUGUCUCAUAUAAGAGAAGAAUCACAUAAAAGUUUAUUACGCUUUCUGAAUUUCCAGUCCCUUAUGCUCUAAGCAGUUGAUUAAAAAAAGUUUUUUAUUGUGUGUGUGUUCUAGGUCCGGGUUUCCAGGUGCUCAGCCUGUGUCCAUGGACAGGCGGAACCUUUGCUUUCUGGAAUAGAAUCCCUAUAAGGUCAGCUGGAAUGCUGAUGGGAUAC